AUGGUGUUACGGGCGCUAGAGUUCUCGGAUUCGAUUUCCGAUUCGCCGUGGUUUCGGCAGAAUCUGCAUGACCACGAAGUGGCGUUGGACGAUGCCUUCAAGAACAUCAAGCUCAUCGAGAACCAGUGCAAAGAGCUCAUCGCGUGCACAAAAAGUAGGUCGAUUGCGUGGAAUUGUUGAGCACAUGCUAGCACAGGAAGCACUAGAAAACAAGCAACUUAUUGCAGAACUCUCGACGGCACAAAGGGCGUUUGCGAAGACGCUCAGCGAGUUUAAGAUCGAGACGGUCGGAACGAAUCAGACUGAUGAUGAGCGAUUCAUUGGUGAGAAAAUAGAAAAAAAACAAAUGAAUUGGAGGAGAUACUCUCAAUUCACCGCUCUUGCCCCUCGGUGUUUGCGUACUCAAGCCUAAUUUCAGAAAUUUUGGCUUGAGUCUGCAAACACCGAGGAGCAAGAGCGGUGAGUUGAGUUUAAAAGAAUGGGGUCAUUAAAAAUCAUUUCUCUGCCGAAUUGAAAAUCACAAUUUCAGCAACAUGCCUGAAAGAGUUUGCCAGUCUGAUAAACCAGGUCGAAGACGAGCGGAUGAAGCUAGUGAACCAGGCCGAAGAAAAUUACCUGGAGCCAAUAAAAAAGUUUCGGACGGAGGCGAUCGGCCGGACGUUGAAAGAAGAGAAGAACAAGUACGACAAAGAGAGCAGCAAGUUCUACGCGACUCUCGAAAAGCACCUUCAUCUGAGCACUGUGCGGAAGAAUGACUUCCGUGAGGCAGAUUCCCUUUUGGAGCUGCAGCAAAAAAGCUUCUUUCAGGCAUCGUUGCAGGUAAAUAACAGAAAAUAGAUAUGGAACCUAAUGAUUAUUAUUUUUGUUUUCAGUAUGUGGCCGAAGUGCAGUCUGUACAGGAAAGGAUGCGGUUCGAGUUCGUUGAAACUUUAGGAUCCUACGUUUACUCCUGGCUCUCUUUUUUCCACGUUGGUAAGUUUUUUGUCCGAAAAUGGACUGUUACGAGAAUGUCACUAUUUCAGGGAGUGUAAUACAUCAGGACUUCAAGCCAUUCCUUGACAAUGUACAAACAAAAGUGCAGAAGGUUAUUUCUGAAAUGUCUGCCUUUCACUUCCAUCUCAAUAUUUUCCAGACCAAAGAAAACUAUAUGGCCACGAAUGCAGAGGCGGAGGAAUUGAAGCUGAAGCUGCUCGCUUCGCAUACAAAAGUGAGUCAUUUUUUCCAUUUCGCAACUUCUCACCGCCAAUUGGUAUUGAAAUUACAGCCGGGUUCCGAAGAGAGACGGCCGACACCGUCGAUCAAGCAGGGAUACGUAUACAUGCAGGAAAAAAGCAAGAUACCAAGUAGGAGCCGUUCGCCCAUUAUUCUGAAAAGUCCAGCGAAUUUCAGAAACGAUCGGACGAGAUGUGCUGGGUCGCUGGACCAAGUAUUACUGUGUUUACUCGCGGGAAACUCGCAUUUUCACGAUGGUCAGUGCUAAUUCGGCGACGAAGACCGACAUGAAGAGUGCGGUUGCUCAGACGGCCACUUUCAAGUUCAAAUCUUGCUCGAGAAGACCUAUGGACAGUAUUGAUAAAAGGUGAGAAAAAAGAAGACAAGACGUCAGUUUGGAGAGAUGCCGAAAAACAAAAAUGAUGGAAUUUGGGUCAUAAAUUUGAGGCGAAAAGGAAGAAUCUGGAAUCUCCAGGGAGAAAAGUUUGCACGAAAAUGGGCGAAUCUCGAGACGAGAUCGCACAUUUUGCAUUUUCUUCCCACUUUUCGUUCCGUUUUCUGCUUUUCCUCGGAAGUUUCUGCUGAUAGACCAACACGUUCUAUUCUCAAUUCUCUUAGAUUCUGCUUCGACGUUUGCGUAGAAGAGAAGAACGACGUGAUGACAAUGCAGGCCCUUUCGGAAAAAGAUCUUUGCGAGUGGAUCGACGCAAUGGACGGCGCGAAGCAGAACGCUUACACUGCUGGCGAGAAUCCGUCGUGCUCCACUUACAAACAGAGUACGUUCCCGUUUAAUUUUCCUUCCCUUUGCCCCUUCCGACGCCUCCAUUCGUCCAUAAGUUUCCCUGUUUUGCCACCACCACCGCUUGGCCUAUGCAAAAACGGCUUCAAUUGUGAGUCGAAUACAUUUAUCUUUUCGUCGUCGUCGUCGUCCUCGAAAACCAUGACGAGGCAGAGGCGACGAUGGAUGUUGUUUUCGGGUUGGGUUUGGCUCCACCGCCUCCCGUUUCCGUGAGUCGUUUGUCGCCAGAAGCGGCGGCGGCGACGACGACUGCCGGCCCCCAGUAUAUCAGUAAUCCUUUUUCGGCGCCUUCUUCCCGCCUUGCCGGCUCCUCCCACUUCUCCUUCUUUCGGCCUUCGCCCCAAUUUCAAACAAAAUGUUUUGUAUGUGUCAAAUGGACUCGGCGACUACACGCUUUGGACUGCCGACGAAUUCACACUUUUACACUAGUCUAGCGUCCAGACUCUCAGAAGAUUGCAGUUUUAGCGACCGUUGCCUACCAUAUGGUUCAGACUUCUCAGAUCCUCACCAGCUCAAGCCACUGCACUUAGAAUUUUCCAUUGUACCGCGAACCAUAAGUUCUUACAGAGACAUUCAAAAUACAAUUCGGUGUGCUUUGGUGUUGACCUGAUUCCAGCUUCCCCUCCUUCCUUGCCGGUCCCUUGUGCUCGUCCUUCCAUCACCUUCCCUUUCCUUUCCCUUUAUUCUUCCUGAUCAAGCAUAUCUAUUUUACUUUAAUCCUAUCUUCUUUCAUUCAUUCCCUUUUUCGAUACCAUAUUCGAUAUUUCUCAUUCGAGCGCGUGGUGCUUUUGAGACGUAUCGCAUUUCUAAGCGAAAAUCAGGCGCCACGGAUGAAGAUUAAUGGUCGUCCGAUUCUCGGUUUUCUUCUCGGACAACAAAAGAAAACAAGCCUCUCUUAGCUCCGUCCCCUCAGCCGCUGGAAUAUUCUACUUUCAGUGCUGCGUGAAAUGCAAAAAAAGAUGUGGUGUUUGAUAAGAUUUUCGGGAAAAGGAUGGUAGUCGUGGGAGAGAAGUUGCUUCUUCUCUGCUCGUUUUGUGGUCGCGAAAGCUCCGGCGAAAGAAGAGUUUUCUCACGAAAAUGCAAACGCGCGUGGCUGGUUCCGAAAUAGGUUGGCGGGGCGGUACUCUUCGACUUGCGUGAGCCGGUGUGGGAGAGUGACGGAAUAUUUCAGAAAGAGUGUGAAAAACGACGAAGAAGAAAGGGAAGAAGUCACGGAAUUCCAAAUUAGGUCAGGUGAUUGGAAGAAGGGGGUGGAGGAAGAGUAGUGGAAGCAAAGUGACGUCUUUUGACUGCUGAUUCGUGCUUUCUGUCUGGACUAAACUACACAGACCCCAUCAAAAUAUCUGCGUUUCUUGGUUUCCAUGACCGUUCGCCUACGAACCUUUUAGUCGAAGCCAUAGUUACUUCGCGUCGAGAACACGGCGUCCACCCACAUUCUCCGGAAAGGCUUCUCUUGACUGCGAAUUCAUUCUGCAGAAAACGAGGAGUUUCUUUUUUCUCCGAAUCGACCGAUUCCAUUCAUUCUGCUGAUUCACACGUCUCGUCGCCCCCGUCUUCUUUUAAUAAAAUGGAAGAAGAGCUCUCCUGCAGCUCCUCGGCGGCUCAUUCCGGGUCGAAACGCGACUGGAAUCAUAAUAAUGAAUGUUCUUUCGCUUCUUGCGGCUCUUUUUCGCGCUGUUCAUGAUCGCUUCUUGGUUUCUCUUCUUCUCACAUUCCACAUCGUUUUCUUUAUAUUGUUCCAUUUGGACGACCGAUUGUAAGCACAUACGAUGGAGAAGAGGAAGAGUGCUUUGAAACUGAAGAAGCGAGAAAAAGAGAAUGAGAAAAGAGGAGAAGAAUGCAUCUGGAAGAGAUAAACAGGCUUUCGAGGAGGGCAGCAAGUCAGAAUCAGCUCAAUUCCGGGCCGCUUGACGUCAUUCAAAAAGAAGAAAGAAAACAGCAAAGGAAGAAGAAGAAGAAGACGAAGAAGAAGGCGAGAAGAAUGCCAAACGUGUGCGUCGUUAUUGCUUUUUGCGGGCAAGCCACCUCUUCUUCCACUGCUUUAUGUGAACGUCUUAAGACUGUACUCUGCAUAACCUCACGAUUCCGUUCAUCUCUUCUUCUUCUUUUUCUUCUUCGUGGUUCAUCUCAUGAGCUCAUCAAACAUUAAUCCACCCCUACUUCACGUCGCCUUUCUCCUUUCUUUGUCCUUUCUGUUGACGACCCGGAGCCGAAGGAGCAGCUCAAUGUAGCUCAUCGGUCCGCGCCAGAUCCCCGGGGAAAUUCGCGCAUUGGCACCUUCGUCUUGACUCAAAAGGCCUAGUUUCUUUCGUGUGAAAAACGAGCUGCACGUCACUUUUUGGGCGGACAAAGCCGGCAGUUGAUUACCUCUUGGCCGAAGGAUUUGCGUGGGAUGGCGUGAUGUUCUGAGUUUUGGUAAGAACAAAAUCUGGUCAGAGACAAUCCAAUUCGAGUGCCCUUUUUCAUUUGGCUGAUGGGCUCUCUCGAUUCCAUUGGCACUUGUCCGGUUUCGAGCCAAACAAUCGGUCUUUUCAUGUUAAAAACGAAAUUGGCUACGAUCGUGAACAAAUUAAAGCUAAUUCAGUGAAAUUCGAGUUAAUCAGUGAGAUGAAGAAUACAGUAGUCUUUGCGCUUUCUUUGUUUCCAUUGGCUUCUGAAUUAGCAAUACUACAACAAAUAAUUACAGCUACUCGUUAUUUCGAUAUUCCUAAAAGUCAGAAGGAUGAGUAUUCCCAAAAUUGGCGAAGUUCAUUGUAGUUUCCGACUCAUUUCUUCUCUUCUCUGUUCUUCCGUUUCAUUACCUCCCUUUGGCCUAAAAAGUGGCAUCCCCAAUCUUUGGCCCGGUUGGCUCUCUUCCAACUCACACACUCGGAGCUUCCAUUCUCGCGCUUCUCCGCCUAAAUUUCAUAAGCUCCCACAGCUCUCGUGGGUGAACAAUAGACUAAUGCCGGUCGAAAUCUCUUGUCCACGUGCACAAGCCGAUUGUUCUGAAUAGGUGUCAUUCUUCGAUUCUUGAUGCGCACAAAGCUCCUUCUCUGCGAGCUCCGCCCAUUUCAGUUAGCCUAUCUUUUCCGAUUCUUCUGCUUCUUCUGCCUUUUCCCGUCGAGCAUUCAUUAACUUUUCACGCGUACAUCGCGUGAUUUGAAUCGACGAAUGGAUUCUUCUCUCCUACGAUUUCCGCAGGCUCUCAGCUCCAAAAUGUUUCCUAUUUUACAUCGAAUUCCUCGUUUUCUUAUUUCUUCUUCUCACUUUACAAAAAUUCUCUGGGGAGUCAGGACAGUUGAGCUAAACAGCUAAAGUUGAAUGAUCAUUGUGCGGGCUGACAAUCAAUGUCUGACACCCGCUGGUCGACUGACUACGGUGUAUGGCAAAAAAGAGUGGGGAUCGACUAGGUAAUCACCAUCUUCCUCGCGUCCUCUUGCAUCUUAAAUGAGGGCGCAUCCAUCGUCUGCUUCUCAACUCUUCUUCUUCCACGUUGAAUUAUUCAUGAACAUUCUAGGGAAAUGAGGCCGCCCUUCUUCAGACUUACCGUCACUCCGCCCACUUUUCUUGUGUCUUCUUACGUGCUCUCUCAUAAUUCUCCGUCUCUUCCUCUCGUCGUCUCCUAAGUAGCCACAUCUAGAAAAGAGAAGAAGAUGAGUCGCGUGUACGAGAAACAGCGAAGUUCGUCGUUUGGCGACAGCACUCAGCCCAUGUUUGCAAUGGCUCAGCACCACCAGCAUCAGCAGGCGCUCGCCGCCUCCUCUCCUCGCAAGUUCAACAUCACCGACGGUCUCCGCUCGUUCCACAAAGCGUCGGCGUUUCUUCCUGGAUUCGUGGUCGACAACUGUAACGGUAAGCAUGCGAAGGAUACUGUAGCUGAAAUCUCUUCUGGAAUGGUCGACGGUGUUUUCGUAUUUCCACAUCUUCUCCCGCAGUCUUCUCCCUAAAAUUCAUUAGCACAAAAGCGUUGGGUGGUGGCGAAAACAAACAAUUGAUUGGGGGCGUCCGGGAUGGCUAAUUGACGUCGUCGUUGUCCGACCCACAGACGGCGACAUUAGCUCUCCACAAAAAGAGCGCCACAAAGUGAAGAAAUAAAGUGAUGUGCAUUUUGCAGCGCAACUUGAUGAUAUCGGAUUCGAAUUCGUUCAGCAAUGCAUUGAUAUUCUGGAAGAGAGCGGAAUUCACGAGCAGGGAGUAUACAGGAACUGCGGAGUGACGUCGAAAGUGCAGAAACUGAUGACGUUGGGGUUGGACCGCAGAAAAGCGAGUGAGAAAGGCGGGCUGAACCUGCGAGAUGAGGAAUGGGAAACGAAGACGAUCAGCAGUGCAGUAAAAACGUUUCUCAGGUGAGAAUAGAUGAAAAGUGUUUCGUAUUCGUGGAUCUUUUCAGAAACCUCCCCGAGCCACUGAUGACUUUCGAACUGCACAACGUUUUCAUCAACGCGGCCAAGAUGGGCGACGCCACAAUGAGAAUCGAUCACAUCCACUUCUACGUCCAUCAACUGCCUGCCCAACAUCGUCGGAUGCUUGAAAUUGUCGUCCGUCAUUUGAGAAGAGUGGCCGAUUUGUCCAACGCGAAUCUGAUGACUGUCAGCAAUCUGGGCGUCUGCUUCGGACCGACUCUGCUCCGUCCGAAGGAAGAGACAGUUGCUGCUAUCAUGGACAUUAAGUUCUGCAAUGUCGUUGUGGAAGUGCUCAUUUCCAAUUACGACAAGAUUUUCAAAACGAAACCGAAAUCGAGCAUCGGCUCGGCGGUCCCUCCGAAACCGGAUCAUCACACCCCUCACGAUAACGGACGUCCUCUGGCCACCCGCUCGUUUGGAACUUCUGCCCCAUCGCCAAUCACACACCGUUCCCGAUCUCCGAAAACACCCGGAGGCGUCGGAUCAAAGAUUGUGAGAAGCACACAAGUUGUGUCCAGUUCUUACUCGCGUGGAAUGCAGAAACGGGACGCAAUGUUCCCCUCGGAAAUCGCUCGUUACGGAGCUGGAUUUGACGUUUCUGAGAUCCGUGAUUUCGCCGCAGAGAAGUCUCCUCUCACUUCGCCCACCACUACUGCUCCGCUGGCCAGCGGCAGUGUCGAGGAGAUAGAUGAAGCGGCGAAAACAGAGCGGAACAGCUCGGAUUCACUCAACUCUCUCGGCUCGUUCGGAUCGAUCGGCGACGAGUCCACAGCUACCGUAGUUCCGGCUCCGGACGCGUUUGAGAAGUCUGUAAAACGUAAGUGCCGAGAAUUGCUGAUACUGUAAAACAGUUUAUGUUUACAGCCAAAUAUAGUGUUUCCUACGCGUCGACAUAUAAUCGGAUCCCAGCCGACUCGUGAGUUUCCCCUGUUCCCUCCUUCCCCUGCUCGUUUCUUAUGCAUGGUUUUGUUCUGCUCAGUCGUCUGUUCGUCCGUUCUUUUCUUCCCCGCCUCGUGCUCCCUCUCUCUUUCUAUCGCCUGUUUCCACUUUCCUUUAGAUCCAAACUGACUGCCUCCAUCUCGUGCACUGCCGUCGAUUCUACAGGCAUCGAGACGUCGUUCACAUCGAUAACCAGACAGAACUACUUGCGAGGAACUCUUGAUUCGUCAGCGAUGGGCUCCACUUACAAAUACCUGAGGUAUAACCGUUAUCUGCCUGUUCUAUCAUCCACCCCCGCAUUCUCAUUCACUUUCUAUUCUCUCUAUCACAAGCACACACACUCUAUCAUUGUUUCAUGUGGGCAUCGGUAGAUUGUGACGUGGCAUGAGCACAUCACUGGAAAUAACGCAAUUUGAAAUGCACAUAAAGUUAAUCGAAAAUUUCAGUCGACGCGUGAAGACACUCUACGCGUGCACUCCCGACCAUCAUUCGGAACUCUCUUUUGAGCCAGGACAGAUUAUCACCAACGGUAUGCUCUCCUUCUGAAGUCAUUGCCAACGACGUCAUCGAAAUGUUUUCAGUGUACGAAUCGAACGAAGACGGAUGGCUCGUUGGCACUCUGAACGGCAAGACGGGUCUGAUCCCGUCAAACUACGUGGAGCCGUUGCCGUGA